GGAGGAGUCGCCUCUGGACGUGUCGCGCGCGAAGCGGGGUGGUGCUUCUGGUAAAGUCGGAGUGUAGCCGACCACCUCCAGGCACGUCGCUGGUGGCGGCGGAACUCCUCCUGAAGCGCGCCCUCGGAGCUGGUGCGCGCAUCAGCCCGGAAUCUUGCCCCUGCAGUCUGGAGCUUUCAGUGUGUCUGUUUUUCUGAGAAACUACACAUUUAGUGGCCUCAGGUCUUGAAUCUUUGAUCAUCUUUAAAUGAGACUGACCUUUGAUUAGCUAAUAGAAGCAACGCUGUAUUCUUUCAACCGAUUACGUGCCGGACACGGUUCCGCGUGCUGGGAAAACAGCAGCGAACAAACCAGACACGAGAUUCCUGACUCAUGGAAUUUAUAUUCUGGCGAGGGGAAACAGUGUAAACAGAUGACAUAUGUAGAAUGUUCGUGUGAAGUGUUAUGGAGCGAAGUAGAGCUGGGGGUAGGCAGGAUUGUUAUUUUAAAGUAGGAUGGUCAAGAGAUGACAAAUUUGAGCAGAGACGGGAAGGAGGUGAAGAAGCAAGUCGUUCACAUAUUUGGGGAGGCAUUCCAGGCAAAGAGAACAGCAAGUGCACAUCUUCGGGGGGAAGCAUGCCUGGUGUGUUCCAGGAAAACGAGGGGACCAGUGUGGCUGGAGUGGAGGGAGCCAGGAAGAGACCGGUCACAAAGAUCAAGUCAGAUGAUGGGGAGGAAGGGCGGACCUUAGUUGUAGGCCAUCUUGUGGACUUGGCUUUGACUCUGAGGUUAGCCACUGGAGAGUUUCAACAGAAGAGUGACAUUUAAGUUUAAGGGAAUUUAAUUUUGUUAGUUAAAUUUUAGAAGAAUCAUUUUGGCUACUAUGUUAAAAGAAUAGACAUCCCUGGGGCAGGGAUGGAAACAGGCAGAGUAGUUAGGAGGUUGUAACAGUUUCUGUGUCAGAUGGUGUUGGCUUGGACCAAGGUUAUGGUAGCAGAGAUGCUGAGAACUGGUCCAUUGUGAAGAUAAAGCCAGUGGGAUUUCCCAGUGGAUUGGAUGUGAAAUGUGAGAGAAGAGAGGCAUCGAGGAGAACAUCAAACUUUUUAGCCUUAGUAGCUGGAAGGAUGAAUUGACUCCAGGGAACAUAAGGGCUUUGCUGUUGUUUUUGUUUAGUUUUAUUUUGGUGGCAGGUAUUGGGCUUCACAGAGAUUAGGAAUUUCUUUUUGGAUGCGCCAGAUUUGAGAUGCCUCUUAGACAUCCAGGUGGAGAUGGUGAACUGGAUAUAUAAGUCUUGAGUUUAAGAAAAAAGUCCAGGCUGGAGAUAUAAAUUUGGGUGCUGUCAGUGUAUAGAUGGUAUUUAAAGCUGGGAGACUAGUUGCCAUCUCCCGGAGAGUGUGGUACAGGAGAGAAGAGGCCCAAGGACCAAGCCCUGGAUUCUCCAAUGUCGAGAAGUUGAGGAAGAAGAGCCGGCAAAGGAGACUGAGAAGGAGCAGCCAGGCGUCCAGACAAGCUGCAGGAAUUCCGGGGGUUCCACCAACGGAAGAAAAAGAUGGUAAUCUUCCUGAUAUCGUGAACAGUGGAAGUUUGCACGAGUUCCUGGUGCAUUUGCAUGAGCGAUAUGGGCCUGUGGUCUCUUUCUGGUUCGGCAGGCGCCUUGUGGUUAGUUUGGGCACUGUCGAUGUCCUGAAGCAGCAUAUCAACCCUAAUAAGACGUCGGACCCUUUUGAAACCAUGCUGAAGUCAUUAUUAAGGUAUCAGUCUACUGGUGGGAACGUGAGUGAAAACCACAUGAGGAAAAAAUUGUAUGAGAAUGGUGUGACUGCCUCUCUGCAGAGUAAUUUUGCUCUCCUGCUCAAGCUUUCAGAAGAAUUAUUAGAUAAAUGGCUCUCCUACCCAGAGUCCCAGCAUGUACCCCUCUCCCAGCAUAUGCUUGGUUUUGCUGUGAAAUCUGUUACACAGAUGGUAAUGGGUAGUACGUUUGAAGAUGGCCAGGAAGUCGUUCGCUUCCAGAAGAAUCAUGGCACAGUUUGGGCUGAGAUUGGAAAAGGCUUUCUAGAUGGAUCACUUGAUAAAAGUGCAAAUCGGAAAAAACAAUAUGAAGAUGCCCUUAUGCAAUUGGAAUCUAUUUUAAAGAAAAUCAUAAAAGAACGAAGAGGAAUGAACUUCAAUCAACAUAUUUUCAUUGACUCCUUAGUACAGGGGAACCUUAAUGACCAACAGAUCCUAGAAGACAGUAUGAUAUUUUCUUUGGCCAGUUGCAUAAUAACUGCAAAAUUGUGCACCUGGGCAAUCUGUUUUUUAACCACCUCUGAAGAAGUUCAGAAAAAAUUAUAUGAAGAGAUAGACCAAGUUUUUGGGAAGGGUCCUAUUACUCCAGAGAAAAUUGAGCAGCUCAGAUAUUGUCGGCAAGUGCUUUGUGAAACUGUUCGGGCUGCCAAGCUGACCCCAGUUUCUGCUCGGCUUCAAGAUGUUGAAGGAAAGGUUGACAAAUUUAUUAUUCCUAGAGAGACCCUUGUCCUUUAUGCCCUUGGGGUGGUACUUCAGGAUCCCCGUACUUGGCCGUCACCACACAAGUUUGAUCCAGAGCGGUUUGAUGAUGAAUCGGUCAUGAAAACUUUCUCCUUGCUUGGAUUCUCAGGCACACAGGAGUGCCCGGAGUUGAGGUGUGCGUAUAUGGUGACCACAGUACUUCUGAGUGUAUUGGUGAGGAGACUGCACCUGCUUUCUGUGGAGGGCCAAGUUAUUGAAACUAAGUAUGAACUGGUAACGUCCUCCAAGGAAGAAGCUUGGAUCACUGUCUCAAAGAGAUGUUAAAAUCUUAUGUGCUUAGCUUUGUUGAAGAACAUGACCAUUUAGAAAAUCUGUGUUUACUCCUUUUAUAAACCAAGUAUCAUUGUGUAAUAUGAACACCUGUUAGUACUUAAUUAUGUAAAUUUGGAUUUUUGUAUAUCAGAUUUUCUUAAUGUGUGAUAUACAUUUAUACUUAUUACAUCAAUAUAGUGAUUAUUUUAAUGGGACGCUUUCUACUUUUAGUUUUUGUUUUAUCACUUUCUAUGCCAUUGUCUUUGUAUUCUUUUGCUUAGUUUGAUUUCUAAAAUUAAUAUUCUUGAAGAGAGAAGUUAUUUUGCAGAAUUUGGUGAAUCACGUUUUCAGAAUAUUCAUAAAAGAGAAACAUAGUUCUAACUCCUUUACCUAUUUCCAAUAAAUCACCUUAAAGGGAAACAAAAGGACUUCCCAUAAUUUUGUUUCUUGGAUUAAUAUUUUAAUUUUUCUCACUGUAAAUUACUUUGUUUAGUCAUUGUUAUUAGAUUUGAGUACUUUAUUGGGUAACCUGCCUUGUGUUUGCUAUUUUUAUGCCUUUCCAGACAAUAGUGUUCAUUUCAUGGCUUAUACAAGACUCAUCAUUUUGAACAGCUCUGAAUCAUUUGGAAAAUAAUACAGUUGUUUUUUAAUGUGUUUUGAAGUACCCCUCCUAAGUGACAAACUAAGAUUGAGGCUUGUCGGUCCUGUUUGCUGGAAAUCUUAGCAGCACUAUAUUACUCUACUAAUGAUCAUUUGUGGAGGAAACAGAAUUCCUAAAUUUAUUAUUUAUUAUUGUCAUAUACUAAACAUAAUGAACUUAUUAAAAAAAUGAGAGCGCCCUAAUCAAAAACCAAAACCAAAUUAAAAAAACAAAAAGAAAACAAAGAUGGGUGAAAAUAUUUGCAAAAUAUAUGACAGAAAGGGAUAAUAUCCAUAUUAUAUUUAAAGAACUCCUGCAAAUUGGUAAAAAAACAUACAGUAGAUAAAUGGACAAAAGACAUGAAUAAACAGCCUUUACAGGAGAAAAUAGCUAAUAAACUUAGAAAAAGGUGACUCUUGCUAGUAAGCAAAGAAAUACUGGGGCUAUUUCAAAAAUAUUUUAAAUAUCUUUCAAGAUUUACACUUGAGUACUGAUAAGGUUUAUAUUUUAAUACUCUUUUUAUUGAUAGCAUUGUAGCUUAGUCCACCUUUUUCAGUUACGCUCUUGUUGAAGAAUUGUGUUUUACAGACACUUGAAGGAAGUGUGCCAAGUGCGGCUACAGAGAAGAGGAAGGAGAAUGGCGCAUGUUGUUGCAAGUGGGCUUAUUUCUGGCACUGCUGAAUUUCACCUGUCAUUUUAGUUUUGUGAAUGUACCCUACUUAUUAAUUGAGUUAAUUUAUGCUGUUUGUGGUCAGAUAGCUGACGUUUUGGACCUAGUUGCGAGUGGUUAACAUAGAAUUUAAAUAAUUAGAUGCAGCCUUUACUUCUGACAAAAAUGUUUAAUUUAUGGAAUAAUUUAAGUCCUUAAACUUUAAGUGAAAUGUAUUCUUUAGUUCCUAGCAUCUUGUUGUUGUUUCUAAAAAGGCACAUUGUUAAAUGUAUCCCCUCUCACCUGUCAUUUUUUAUGGUUUGUGUUUAUAGAGCAUCUUCCUUUGUUAUCCAGGUACCUUAAUUGGAAACUGGCAGUGGAAGGUUAGAGUGAGCAAUUGAUGUGUAAACCAAGUGUCAGUAAAAUCAGAUGAGAUAAGUGGGAUUUUAAAGCAAGUGAGCCCUGAUCAGCAAUGACCAAGGAGAAACAGCAGCUGAGGCAGAGUGGGGGAGGGGGCAUAUUGCCAAUAAAUGAGGCAGUGUAUAAUUGUCAGUAAUGAUUGGAAUCAAGGAAAACGGGAUGGAAGAAUCAGCUAAAUAAGAACGUUUUAUCCAUAGUUACAUGACCAACUUAAACAUUAAAAAUAAAUCAUCUUCUAGAGAAUUUUUAAAAAACAAAAGUACUGUUAUCAUGUGUAAACUAAGUUAUCCGUUCGUUCCCUGUUGUUCUUAGUGCCCCUUUGUCAGUCCAGCAACUGGAAGUUUAGUAGCCUCAGUGUCACUGACGGUUCGAAGCAGGACUCGAGCAGGAGUUUUACAGCUUUUUGGUUUUCUUAAAACUUUCUUCACUGGUUUUGAUCUGCAUUCUUUUUGAUAGCUCAGAAGUUUAUUGUUAAAAACAUCAGCACAACACAUUUUUUAUGGAAUGAAAAGGCUCUUCCACACUUCGUGCUAAUAAAAUUGAAGGCAAGUUAA